UUAGUGCAAGGUGUCUGUACUUCCUUUGUUUUGAAAGUAUAAUUUGAGUGAACAAAUCAUAAUCUUAGUUUUUUGUUUGUUUAUAACAUUUCACCAUGGACAUUUUAGUUCCUACUCCUAUAUCAAAAGUCGUAUCUGCUAUCUGUAUUUUUGGAUUUUCAGUUUUAUUUGGAAUAGCUCCGUUAUUUUGUAAAGUAUGUGUUAGAUCAAAAAAAGUGCAGUGGAUAAACAAUAGCAUUAUAUGUUUUAGUGGUGGCACAUUAUUGGGAAUAUCCUUUCUUCAUUUAAUGCCAGAAACAAGAAGUUCAGUGGCAAGACUACGUUCCGAGGGACACUUUACAAGUUUCCCAGUCCAUAUCUCUCUUGCUGAUACAAUCAUUUGUGUCGGUUUCUUUGUCACUUGUGUGCUUGAUGAGUUGAUCCAUCUGCUAUUACAAUAUGCUGGGUCAGACCACCACCAUCAGCCUCAUGGGAAAAGAGAAACCGAUCUGGAAGCUUUUCAUUUUAUUAAAGAAGGUCCUAAGACAAAGGAAGUGAGCGAAACAAAGGAUAAGGCAACAUCAGCAGAUGAGGAGAACGUGGAACCAACUUUACAACAUAGCCAUUCACACUCAGGUAUAAAUAUCCACAUCCCCAGCAUUCUCACAAUCAUGGCUCUCUCUUUCCAUGAUGUGUUUGAGGGGCUCGCCCUUGGGAUUCAGAAGCAUGUGGAUGAUGUAUUAUUCAUGUUCCUCUCAAUCGCCACACACAAGUAUGCGAUAGCCUUCUCUGUAAGCCUAGACUUGCUCCUGUCUGGUGUGAGAGACAAUAUGAUAUUCCUGUACACUAUACUGUUCUCGAUAGUGAAUCCAGUGGGGAUUUGUAUCGGUAUUGCCUCUGGUGCAGUCAGCAGCGAGGGAGGGAUUCAAUCUCCAGUGACGGUGUUUAUGCAAGGACUAGCCAGUGGAUCUUUGAUCUAUGUGACAUGUGUUGAAGUGCUCCAACGUCACAAAACCUCCGAAGAUCACAUUAGUGGGUUACGCAACACCUUGUUUCUUAUUCUUGGUUUCAUUUUCAUCUUGAUAAUGAAGAUUUAUUUGCCACAUGACCACUCUUUCCACGAAUACGAGGGUCAUGUCUAG